GAGUGCCCGUCCUGACUGGCUAUGGAGUGGUGUUGGCUUCAGACUGGAUGACAGGGUCUACAGGGAGGACAGGGUCACACAGUUUCUGAAGCAGCAAGUGGGCUUUUCCUAGACAUACACUGACUGGCAGCGACGGCCCGUUCAGCCGACCUCUCUCCGCCUCCUUCUCUCUGUUCGGAUACACUCUCCCUCCCCUUUAUCACCCAUCUCCCCUCCCUCUCUCGAUCUCCUCCCCACAUCAUCUUUUUCUUUUCCUCUUCCCUCUUUCUGCUUUCUGUUUUACUGUUUUACUCUGACCUUUUUUUUUUACUGGAACUUCCCUCCCUCCUCUUUGAGCUCUUGUGACUUUUGACCUGCCUCCCACUGGGUCCAGAAUGAGCUGGCUGAGCAGGUUGAAUCCGCGGGGUCCCGGGAGUCGGUCCAGUCGGAGCGCCGCCCCCUCCAGCCCCUGCACCGCUGACCCGGAGACCUGCCUCAUGGUGUUUGAGAACCACUGGAGACAGGUCUCUUGGGUGUUGGAGCAGCACGAGCCGUCAUCAUCCAGCGACGAUCUGACCGCGGUGAGGAAUCACACAGACCAGAUGCUAUGUCUGCUGGCGGAGGAGAAGCCUGCUGAGAGCCCAGAGGGAGGUGCCGGCGUGCCGCCCAUGGGCCCCAUACUGGAGCUGGUGGUCACCGAGAAUAUUCUGGAGUGCCUGGUUCAGUGGCAUCUCCGCCGCGGCCUGGACCCAGACAGCCAGGGGGCACUGCUCAAGCUGUUCGAGAUGCUCAUCGGCCAGUCGCAGCAGCCUCUGCUGCAGCACACAGCCGUUCUCCACCCCCUGCUGAGGCUGCUGGGAGCCUGCGCUGACCCAGAACUUGGUUGUCCUUCAGUCCUGGAAAACAGCCUGGUCCUGCUGCUCAACCAGGUCUGUGUGACCAUGGCCCGGCAGCCAGUGGUUCUAGAGAUGUUGUUCCGGGCAGCACCAGCCCAGCAGGGCUCCACCAACCUGCUGAUCUUCUCCCUCCUCGUCCCCUUCAUCCACCGGGAUGGAGCCAUCGGACAGCAGGCCCGAGACGCGCUGCUGCUGGUCAUGGCGGCCUCGGCCAGCCACGAGGCCGUGGCACGCUACAUCGCUGAGAAUUCCUACUUUUGCCCGGUGUUAGCGACCGGCCUCAGCGCUCUCUACUCCUCCCUGCCCAGGAAGAUCGAGGUUCGAGGAGACGACUGGCACGCCCUGCGGCGGGAGGACUGGAUGGGCGUGUCGUCGCUCGUACUGUUCAUGAACUCGCUGGAGUUCUGCAACGCCGUGGUGCAGGUCGCUCAUCCCCUGGUCCGGUGCCAGCUCCUGGACUACCUCCACAAUGGAUUCCUUGUACCUGUGAUGGGCCCUGCCCUGCAUAAGUCGUCGGUGGAUGAGAUGAUCGCCAGCACCGCCUACCUGGACCUUUUCCUGCGUAGUGUGACGGAGACUUCCCUCCUCAAAACCUUCCUUCGCUUCAUCCUGCUGCAUCGCCACGACAACGACACCAUCCUGGACACACUGCUCACGCGCAUUAGCAGCAAUUCAAGGCUCUGCAUGGUGUCGCUGAGCCUCUUCAGAACUCUGCUCUCUCUGCACUGUGAAGACAUCAUGCUGCAGCUCGUUCUCAGGUAUCUACUGCCCUGUACCCACGUUAUGUUGAGUCAGCGUCGUGCCAUCAGGGAGACUGACAUCUAUGGAAAGUCAGCGGACAAGUUCCUGUCGCUGAUCCCGGAGUGCUGCCGGAUGAAUUCGGCGCCCUCUGCUGAGCGGGAUGACGAUAAUGCAUUCUGGGGCAAAGUGCUGAACAGUCCGAGCACAGAGUCACCGGCCCCGCACAGACCCAGUACCCCGUCCCGUUUAUCCUUUUUCAUCCGCCAACAGAGCAGUGGAGGAGGAUCAGGAGGAGGGGGUCCCUCUACCCCCACCAGCAUGGAGCCGCUGCAGUCGGGUCCCGCCAGUUCGCACCCCCUGUCCCCCGACAGCCCGAUGCACCAGCAGCAGACACACACGGAGUGUCUGGAAUGGGACUCGGGUUACCUGGAGUACCUCAAAGAUGCCCGGCGGGGCAUCGAGCUCUGCUCCUGGGCCUGUCGUGACUGGUCGGCACCGUACGACGGAGAAAACCCCUCCCCGAGCACGGCGCCUCUUCCACCGCCUCCCCCUACCUCCAACCCCUCCAUGGUUAUGUUCCCUGAGCACUUCUCUUUCCAGCAGGGAGGAGGCGGUAACACCCCUCCUGGCCAGCAGAGGGCGGCCAUUGUGGCGGCAGCACGGUCCGAGUGGAGCAGUUCGGAGCGGGACAGCGGCGAGUGGGACGUUACGAUUGGCAAAAACAGCUGCAUCAGCCUCACUCCGCGCUCCAAGAAACGCAGCCUGCAGAGAGAGGAGCUCCUGCCAAAACCCGUGCCUCCUCUCGUCCCGUCCUCGUCGUCUUCAGCCGCCCCUCUGUCAACUCCCCAUCCCGCCUCGUCCCCAGCUCCACACAUUCCCACCUCUGCCAUCACUGUCAGCUACCAGGCCAUGUAUAACGGAACGAUGGGACAGGGGGACGGCUGCUCGGACAGUCGGGACAGAGGCCUGGAGGUAAAGAAAGUGAAGAGAGACUUGGGGGAGCAGCAGUAUUUAGAUGAAAACGCGAAUCAAAACGGAUCCCUCGUCACGUGCCCUUCCCAAAGCUGCACCACUCUCCCGCAGUCCAUUUUUAGCAACAGUGAUAUCAGCGAUGCAAAAUCUCUUUGCCCUAACCAGAUCCCCUCACAGAGCUCCAAUCCCCCGCCAACAUCUGACACCAAACUGCUGAUCAGCGACACCUCAAACCUGCACAGCGCGACCUCAGAUCUUCCAGAAGCCAACCAGACACAACAAUCUGUAGAGAGCCUCAUCGAGGAGCUGCUGGAGCAGGCGCCAGGAGAAGACCCACAGCUCCCCGGAGACUCCAACGGUCAGGGCAUCAGCAUUGAGGCCUUCACGCAGGAACUGCGGGAGCUGGAGGACCGGGUGAAGGAACGCAGCAGAGCGGCCUGUCAGCACGAGGAGACAGCCAGAGAGUCCCUGACCGCUGAGCGGCAGGAGGAGGAACUACAGCUGUCUUCGGCCCCGGAGGCCAAGCUGACAGGGGACACAAAGGUAGAGGGGUCUGUGGUUGGCCUCUGUAGUCCUGCCAGACCACUAAAUCAGCCUGCCUCUCAGCCAUACACAGGUCCAUUCAUGGUGGUUCUGUUUGCCAAGCUGGAGAACAUGCUCCAAAACUCACUGUACGUCAACAUCCUGCUCACCGGCAUCGUGGCCCAGCUGGCCUGCUAUCCUCAGCCCCUCCUACGUUCCUUCCUGCUCAACACCAACAUGGUCUUCCAGCCCAGUGUCAAGUCACUGAUCCAGGUUCUAGGUUCUGUUAAGAACCGCAUCGAGGCGUUUGCAGCCUCCCACGAGGACUUCCCUGCCAUGCUGAAGAAAGCCCAGCAGUACCUCGUGGCCCGAGGCAAAGUGGACUGGACUGACUCGCCUGCAGCUGUUCCCACCCUGCGGCGCUCUGAUUCACUAGUGAAGAGUCGCAAACCGUCUCUCGGAGACCUGAUCCUUCGUCACACCAACAGCCCGACCCGGGCUCGGCACGCCGCUCAGCUGGCCCUCGCACACGUACGGGACGGCGGCCAAUCGCUGCACAGCGCCUUGUUCCGGGGCAGCGGAGGCGGAGGGGCGUCUGGCCUGGAGAAGCAAGCCGAGGCGCUGCGAGUGAAGAACGCCGUCUACUGUGCUGUUAUCUUCUGCGAGUUCCUCAAGGAGCUGGCCGCCCUGGCUCAAGAGCACGCCGUCGCUCUGCCUUUCCCUCACAGCCAGGAGGCAGAGGAAUAGACGGACUCAUCAAAUCUAACUCUUGGGCCUCCAUCUCUUCUUGGUUAGGCUGUAAAACAAGUUACAUAGGAUUCUUCCAUCACCAGAGCACAGACUGGAGCACUGAAGUGGGUCAGACAAAAGCAAGAGGAAAACAGUGGCAUUUUUGUACCAAAAUCAUUAUAGGAUACCUAUAGUACUGGAAGAAUUUUCCUCAUCUGUAAACUUAUAUGAUAUUGUGCAUAUCAUGUAUUAUAUUUACAUUCUAUACACAGAAAAUCUCAGUACAUUCUUGAGAUUUGGGAGCUUGUACAUACACAUACCAUAUCAUGGUAUAAUGUGACACAGUAAAGCCACAGAUAAAAGAAAUAGGUGCACAUAUUGGUGCUAGUCGAUGCUCUUUAUCUCUUAAGUUGAAAGGGUGCUUUCAGGCGGCACAGAGGAGAAAAGGGUUUUAUCAUCAACAAAAUUAUGACAAACACCAAAAACUGUUGGGCAGGAAAAAACACUGACGGCGUAGGCUAGUGAUCCAAUCAGCUUUGGCCAUCUCUGUACGACAACCUCAUCUUUGUUUUCAUCACGGAGCUUUUUUUUUUUUUUUUUUUUUUUAAUCCUCUAUCAAGGCCUAGCCUCUAAAGAACGCUCACAGAGAAACGAUUCCCGGUAACAUUCAAGCACCUCAAGUGUCCAUUUUGCUUUUGAAAGGCUCCACUGCUGCAGAGACUAGUCAUCAGUGAAUGAGAUGAUAACUGGAAGAGGUGAAUCAGCACGAGCACCGCAAAUGUACUGGAAAAACCUUGGGUAACAGAUGCCAUUUAAAACAAAAAAAAUUAUUAUUUUAAAUGUGUUUGUCCUUUGCAUUUGCACCAUUUUCUAGACAUAUCAGCAACACGGUGGAGCAGGUGUGUCUGUUGUCGUGUAUGCGAGUUUAUCUUAGAGAAUGACUCCUUUCUAAAAGGUCAUGUCAACUCUCCAGGCCAUCGGUAAGCCAUUCACCUGUUGCCAUAAAAGAGGCUGUGGGGUUGAAAGGCAGCACUGCUUUACAAUUCAUACCUUUAAUGUCAUUUAGUCUUUUUAAAAGACCACAGAGUCUGCAUGAAAAAGGUGAGAAGGGAAGGAUUUUUUUUUUUUUUCCUAGGGAGCUUUGGCAUGAUUUCCAUUUACUUUGAAUUGACACUUGCAAAAGGUCCUAAUGAGGCAUUCACUGACUUUUCUUUAAACAGAUUUCAAGCUAUGAGCUAAAAACAAGGCUAAAAAAGAAGCAAUUUCAAGUUUUUAGGUUUUGGUUUUACUUCGCUUCAAAAUUGUGUCUUUUGGGUGAGACAGGCCAAACUGAACAUACAGCCGUUAAUCUUGGAACUUAACAUGCUGCUAUUUUUUUUUUUUUUUUUAAACACUAACACCCAUUUUUAUUAGUGUAAUAGCUACUAUCUCUUCAUUUCACUGUUAGGUACCAAGUAUAAAUGUGUAUGUGAGGAUGUGGAGGAGUCAGUGCCAGUGCUGUGAUCGACUUUUAAUUUAUUUUCUUGUGUCUGACGUUGAAUGAAGUUGCAGCCACAGUGUUAAAAGCUUUUACCCAGACAAAAUAUUCUCUUUUCAACGUGCAGUAACCUUUUGAGGCUUGGAGUUUUGCAUGUAGGUUUUUUUUUUUUCUUUUAUACAAUGGUGAUUCUUCAUUUUACAGGUCCAGAAUAUUUUAACUAUUUUCUAGUUCUUUUCUGUAAACUCCCCAGGAAAUUCUAAGACAAUUAUUAGGAGAGGAACCUGUAAAAUGAAGUGUGUAUCACUGCAGUGUCAAAUCCAUCUACCUGUGACCUAGCUUUUUGUGAAGUCUUUUGUUUUUUUUGCACAUUCUCUCAAUUUUCAGCAGUAGAGAAACUGCCUGCCAUCCUGCAAAGUCUUAAUCUCUGAAAAUGAAUACAUCUUUCUUUGUUUUUUUUUUUUACAACAACUUUCAUUUUUUUUAACAAGUUGAGGCCUCCUCAACUUGUCAAAGCCAUAGCCACUGUCGUUCCAGUUUGUAAAUGUAGUACUUCAUCACUGCUGUAACUCACUUUUCUACAGAAUUUCUAGACACAUUUUGUAACACCUCCCCAGUUUCUUUUUAUAAAUACCAUUAGUUAAAGAGUCUCUGCAUGCCAGUUAAAGUCAGGUUUAUAAUCAAAUAAGAAUUAAAUAGUGUAGAUUAAGUUGUCUCUGGUCUGUGCUGAGCAGAAAUUAGCCUCCAUGCAGUAGGUUUAAAGUGAUUUAGUGAGUCAUCCCCGUGCCUGCAGAGAUAAACAACAACAACAAGAACAUGUUUCACACUGAAUGUUUCCUCUUGGCUAAUUACACUGGUAGCGAGAUCACUUCUGUAUUUUACGCACUGCCUUCCGUCCGUCCAUCUGUUCAUCCAGUCUGUUCUAUGUUCGGAACACGACUCAUGUUUCCCCUGUACAGAGACUACACAGGCCAGAGGCGUUUGUUAACUAACUGAUUUCUACAAACAGUCCUGUUAAAGAUCAGGUGUGUUUUGAGCAUGAUGGUAAAUGUCGAGCCCCUCAGUAGAAUCACUUCCAGUUGGUUACAGUCAUUUGUGGACACCAAAGACAAUCUCUCCUGAAACUCCCAGUCCCAGUCAGUCAUAGACAGGUUAAUGGUAGUCACAGUCUGAGCACUUUUUAAAUGUCCAGGGUGCUUGCAGAUAACCCCUAAUAUAAUUACAUAAUACCCUGCUACAUAAUGCAGUAACAGUUAAAUUGUCAAAUAAAAUGAAAACGUUCAAGGAUGGAACGUUAUGAUAAAGUUUACUGCUGCUACAUUAUUGUCAGAUAUUAUGAAAAUAAGAUACAAGCUGUAAUAACCCAGAAUUAUCUUUAAAGAGGUGAUUUGAAGUUUGGACAGAGCAACAUGUGUUUUUUGAAACUCACUCCUAAUUGGGAAAGAAAAGGGAAUCUGCUUAGUAACCCUGAGUUGAAUUGUCUGCAUUGAUCCUCUGGGAUUUUAGUCAGUGCAAACGUCUACACUCUUCACUGCUAACUGUAUUUAUUUAUUUUUUUUAAAUAUGUACUUGUUUUUUCAUUUUUAAGAGUAGAAAAGACAUAACAGUGACAGUUAUUAAUGAGGUGGUUUUACAGUAUAAGGGACAGAUGACAGGCUGAAAGCAUGAAGCAGCGCUGAGAGGGAGUAAUGUGGUUAUGGUGAUGGAGUACCUCACUAUAUGGAAGUUGUUUUGGCAGCACGUGGCUUUCCGUGCUGGUAGAGAAGUGAGUCCUCCAGCUGUUCAUACACCAGUAGGGAUGGUGUGCAGCCUGUUAAAAACACACAAAAACCAACACUUAUUUAAAGUUGCAUUUGGGAAAGCGAUUUAGAUUUUUUGACAGUAUAACAUCUAAUUUGUAAAACUUCUAAUGGUCCCCAGAAACAUUACCAAAAAAAAAAAAAAAGAAGUGACAGGGAAAACCAAAUGAAUGAACUCUCAAUGAAAUGUAUAAUGUGUGUACCAGAAUGAGUUAGGGCCUCUAAAUGUAUCCAGUCUUCUGUUUGUGAAUGUGUUGGCAUCGCAGCUGUUUCCUAGUCUCACCUCAGCUCUACUCAGACUCCAACUUCUCCUCUUGAUAAAAAUGUUGAUAUUUUUUGACUGUGUAAACUGACAAAGACGGUGCUGAGUGGUAAACCCAAAGCUAAGCUUCAAAAAUUUGUGUGUAAUGUCACCGGUUUAAGUUUCUUUUUGUUUUGUUUUUUCCUGUUGUCUGUUUCAGACAGAUGUACUUGAACACUACAAUUGCUCUGUCAGUUAAAAUAGAAUCUUUCAGAUAAAUUCAGAGCAUGUUAAGUCUUGAGUUUCUGUGUUUUGUAUAUUCAAGGGUACAUGCAAACAUAUUGCAAAUAGCAAGCCAAAGUGUUCCUCUGUCACUGACUUUAAUUUAAAUUGGAAAUAAUGUAGAUCCUUCUGUUUCAAGGCUAUGAUUGGAAGUUCUAUCUCCCCCCAAUGCAAACACAAACGAUAAAAACAUUUUCAAAUUAUAAGUAGCAACACAACGCAGCAAGAGCAGCUGAGCUUCACAGGGCAAAGCUGUGACGAUGCUGCCCCAUUAACUUUGCAACACAAAUGCACAUAAGUGAUUUUGACUCUAUGAAUAUCCACUGUUUCACACACUUCACCUGAAGGCCUCAUCUCAAAGCUAGAAUUUGUUUUCACAGCCGAUUUAUCAGCACAUCAUGUACACUUUGUGCCAUGUUUUUAUUUUUCAUAUGUUGAUUUGUAAGGCCCAUCAUGGGAUGUACAGUUUCUUCUUUCUUUGAAGAGCUAUAACUUAACCUUUGAAUUUUCACUCGCAUUUCUCCCCUGUGAUCUAUGCAAAACAUGCUCUAAUGUCCCCUGUUUGAAGCUGAAAAGAUGAUGUAAUGUGUAAAUACUGUAAAAAAAAAAAAAAAAGAAAGAAAAGAAAAGAAAGAAAGAAAAAAGAAAUCAAUGGGUCAGAAAUGCAGAGGUAUGUGAAAUAAUCAAACAGGACAGAAUGAAAAUCACGCUAAAACAAUGUAAUGAUGAAUGUUGUCAGAAAUAUUUUUCUAUAUUUUGAAAUCAUUAGAAAAAAAUGGACAAAAAUACAAAGUGGGAAAAAAGCUGUCAGAAGAACACUACAAAGGGAAUGUUUUUAUUAAUUUAUAAAUUCUUUGCCUAGCAAUA